CUGCGUUGCUCUUCAUACAUUUCUUUCCCUUUUGUUACAUGCAAAAACAUCAUCAUGUCAUACCCUUGCAAUUAUGCAGUCCCCCAUAUACCCACCCACAUUUAUAAAAAUAAAAUCUAAAGGCAAUUUCCGAAUCCCAAGAAACAUCUCUCAAUCUCUCUCUCUCUCUCUCUCUCUCCCUCUCUUUUUCCUUUGUUUUCUCUUUUGUUUUUUGCCGUUGACUGAGUGCUUCUUCGGAAAUCAUCUUAUGUGGUCUAGCUUUUUAUCAUAAGCUUCUAUGCUUAAAUACACAGCCAUUUCUCAUCAUUGUUCCAUGCCCUUGGCCAUUCAUCAAGGCAGCCAGCAACCACCCCCACGAGAUGGGCGAUCUAUACACUUCUUCCAUGGCUUGCAGCACCAGCCUCCACCACAGAUCUUCCCUAGGUUGGGAUCUGCACAACCUUGGAGUUUUCAAUGCAGACAUGUCUUUAGUUAUGGAUAACUCUACAGCACCUUUCUUCUCAUGUCUGGACUCUGAUCCCUCCACUGGGUAUCUCCAGGAUGCUUUAGUUGAAUUCAGUGAUCGAUCUAAGCGUAGGCGCUUGCUCUUGUACACUGAUCAUGAAACCAAUAGCCCCAAUGAUCUAAUGAAGACCUACUGGAACAUGAACCCAAACUGCACCUGGGACCUAUCUGAGAAUUUUAAUUGCAUGAACCAGAUUGCUAGUAUUGGUGGAGUUUCAGCUGAACCCGUAAACGGAUCAGCGAUGAGCGGGAUGAUCAGUGAGGAAGAACCCACUUUUGCAGAUAUGAAAACACCAGAAGAGACAGUCUCAGCCCUUGAAGCUCUCGAUUCUUCUUCAUCUUCUUACAAAGAGUACUCGGUUAACGCCAAGUCUGUAUCUGAAAAAGACACCCUAUGUUCCAUAGACCCCUUGCCUCCUAGCACUGGUGGUGAUCAUAAGAAAAAGAAGAAGUUAAUAACAAGGGUGGUGUACCCAUUUGCAGUGGUGAAGCCGGGAGGAUUGGACGGAGACAUGACCCUCAAUGACAUAAACGAGAGGAUCCUGAUGCCACCAACUCGGCCCGUGAGGCAUCCAGUUGGAGACUUUGCCUCCAGGCCAUUUGUUUCUCCCGAUGGUCCAGGUCUCUCUGGGAAAGCUGUGGUUGCUCUUACAAGAAUCCACACACAAGGAAGAGGCACCAUCACAAUUAUUAGAACUAAAGGUUGACAAGUAGUAGUAGUACUGCUGCACCUUGCUGUUUAAUUACUCGAUAUCAAUUCAUGCUUGUUUGAAUUGUAUAGUGAGAGGGAAGAGAUAUCUGUAUGUAUCAAUAUCGCUUGUCUUUUUAAUUUACACAUAUAUUUGUGGUCAUGCCCAUAGA